AUGGCUGCGGAUGGCCGGCAGAAGUCCUUGGACUUCCUGGCCAGAUCCUUCAGCGACGCCGUGGGGCGCGGUGAUGCCGGACCUUCGGGGCCUUUGGAGGAGGCUUGGGCCGAGGUGGUUGCUGGAGGACUGGCACGGCGCUUGGAGGCACCAAAAUGGGUGGAAGCGGCGGCCUGGCGCUGGGCGUCGUCCGGUCACGACGUCGGGCGGCCCUACCGGCAGAAAAUCCGACGCUUGGGCUGUGGUACUUUGAAACGCCCGGAGAGCGAGCAACUCUUGCAGAAGGCUUUGCGCUUCGAGGUCUCAGCCUCGGAGUUGGUGGCACGUCCAGAGGAGGACUUCCUGGACGAUGCCCAGCGCGAACUCCGCGAGAAGCACCGGGCGGAGGGUUUGGCCUCCGUGCCCUGGCGGGCCCUGGCGGGCCGAAGGGACCGAGCUCAGCAGAAUCGAACUGCUCGUCCGCUGCGGCCGCUGCGGUGCGGAAGAGCCGCUGUUUGCCCAGGCGCCAGAGUGUCAAUUCCACCGGUGGCCGAGUUCCGGCAGGCGCAGCAUAUCAUUUUUGAUACAGCGGACGUGAGUUCAAAUGAGUCCGAAGACGACGACGUGCUCGAGGACCAGACAGUCCCAUCGGUGGGGUCGCUAGACCACGGCGGAGCCGCAGGUUGCCGACCUUGUGCCUUCUUUAUGUCGUCCACUGGAUGUCGGAACGGAGUUGACUGCAACUUUUGCCACUUGGAUCACUCGCCCUCGGAGCGUCAGCUGCCGAAGCCUUCCAGUCGGCCCGCCAAAGGCAAGCGUGACAAGGACAAACGGCGGAUAGCUGAAAUCAACUUGAAAUAUGCUAAUGACGAGCCCAGACGGUUGGCGGAGCUGCGGCGCUUCGCAGAGUCCCAAGCCUACGCCGCGCGGCUUUUGGGCUUUGAGGGCGGCAAAGGCAAAGGUGGCCGGGGGUCACAGGCACGUGGUCGUGGCGACCCACGAGAAGCUGGAUACAUACCAGAGCCAGACGUCUCGCGCGUGGUGGGAAAGGCAGCUUCUUCAGCCUACCGCCGCGGUUGA